CGACACGCCCGCACCCUUCUGCGCUCCUGGUACUAAACAUCGUAAACACGCGAAUUUCAAGCCGAAACAAAACACGCGAAAAGUGUCAAAUGCGUCGUUAAAUGUUAAAAUGGUCGCGAUCCUGGCGAAUCCUAAAUGGAGCGAGGAUCUCACCAUUCAAAUGAUAAUUGAGUACGAACAACGAGAGUACCUCUGGAACCCGGUCGCGGAACAUUAUAAAAACAAAAAGAUUCGCGAACAGGGUUACCUGGAAAUUAUUAAAGCGCUCAACUUGGUCGACGUGACUGUGAAGGAGUUGAAAAAUAAAAUAAAGAAUAUUCGUUCGUCGUACAGCGUGGAGCUGAAGAAGAUUCGCGCGGCGCGCAAGGCCGGCGCGCAUGCGUACCGGCCCAGUGUCACGUGGUUCGAGCACGCCGACAGGUUCCUGCGGGCGAUCGUAACUCCCAUCUCCAUGGAUAACACAUUAGUGGAGAUACCGGCGAGCGACGAUAGCGACGUGGUUCAAGAUUUGAGCGAGCGAAAAUCGCCGGAGAAGAAAAGCCCGCGAAAACGUCGCAGUUCAACAAGAUCGUCGACGCCUUACGUGUUGAAUACACCCUCACCCCGACCGAAUACACCAUUCAAUCUCAACCAAUCAUCACCAUUUGGUAUCCUACCUACAUCUACAACUACCUUCCUAAAUCCUCCAGUGGGUAUAGCAACACCGCUCACUACCUCACUAGCUACGAUCUACCCACUAACAAAACAGAAGAAGCGUAGUUCAGAAGACGGACCAGAAGAUUUAAGUCAAAAUUCAGAUGUUAAUGAAAAUGAAUUUGAAAUGUUUGGUAAAUUGAUAGCGAGUCAAUUAAGAAAGUUGCCUCUUAGCUUGGCUCUGGAUACACAACUGAAGAUUCAGACAUUGGUGAAUGCUGCUAGAAUACAAGCUGUGUACCAACAGUACAGCUACGCGGGACCAUCUCAGGAAGCACUUUCAGUACAAGCUUUGUCAAAUGGAAUACUGGCGAGUAUGGCCUCUCAGAGUACGUUCGCUUCCCGCGCUGUGAUGGACAUGCGCAAUGACUCCCCAGAUGAGAUGAACAUAAAAGCUGAAUAUUUGGGAUCGGAACCCGAGGACUAAAGACAUUUUUAUGCCAAAUGCCGUCUACCUCCUACAUUUAAAACUUGAGAAUUUUGCUAGUGGAAAUGACACAUAAAUUGCUCAUAGAAAAUAGUUGUCGGGAGUUGGAAGAAUACUUCUGCUAGUAGCGAUGGAAAAUGAGUCUUAGUCUAUUGAUAUAUACAUAUAAAAUAUGUUUUAGAUAUCUGCCAAUUGCCACAACAAACCAAACAGUACAAAUGACAUGAAAAUAAUAUAGAUGGUUUAUGCCAGUUGAUAUGUGCGACUUAAGUUGGCACGUCGCACUUAAGAGUACUCUAUUUCUUGACGUGCCAACUAUUAUGUCUGGUACUAAUCGAGUAGAUGUAAGUUUUUGAAUAAGUUUGAGUUAGACAGAUCUCUUUAUUUUUUGGCUGUGUUUGAUUUUAUAAAGACAUGAUUAUUAUAUUUAAAUGGAU